AUGGAAAAGAGAUCUAGUCUCGAUUCUAGCAACCCCGUCGGUGGCCCAGGUACGCCAGUGGUUACCCAAAUAUCCUCAUACGAACUUCUGCCAACUCCAGCAUAUGAUGCUGUCGACAAGAAAGGCGCACAAGAGCCCGAGAUCACUGUCUUGCAGACACCAGACAGCGCCAGCGAUAACGACAAGCAUGACCCAGAUCAGAUCAUUGUCACUGGAGCAGAUGCAGCUGUCCACUUGCUUCCGUUACGCGACGAUGGCGAUCCGUCGGUCACGUUUCGUGGCAUCUUCCUCGCGUCCUGCCUUUCAGCCUUCCAAGCCGUCAUGAACCAAAUCUAUACAUUCAAACCAACAUCUAUCACCAUUCAAGGUACUUUCAUCGUCCUCAUCGCUUACUUCGUUGGUAAUACCUGGGCAAAAUUCCUUCCUCGUGGUGACCGUCAUCUGGCACGGUGGAGAUCGAGCAACGGCGAAAGCAAGCCACCACUCUGGAUAUGUUUUCUUGUCUUCAUCAAUCCUGGACCUUUCGGGCUGAAAGAACAUGCCGUGUGUGCAAUAACUGCCACUUCCGCUUCGAACGCUACGGCUGUUUCGAUGGUUUUCGCGGCGCAGAAGCUGUUCUAUGAUCUCCCCAUCAGCCCCACAACUGUGAUAUUGACCAUGAUCUCAAUCGGUCUGUUCGGAUACGGCCUUUGCGGUCUACUACGUCCAAUUGCAGUCUGGCAUGUCGAAGCUGUUUACUGGAGUACUCUGCCAACCGUCAAGACACUUCAAGGCUUGCAUUGGCAAGAGGUAAAGAAUUCCAAGCCACUACGCUACUUCUGGUAUGCAUUCGUUGGCAUGUUCUGCUACGAGUUUUUCCCUGCGUACAUAUUCCCAUGGCUAAACUCGGUCUCCGUACCUUGCUUGGCUUCUAUGAUGGCUACAGGCGAAAAAGCUGCAGUACUCACGAAUCUGUUUGGCGGUGCGACCAACAACGAAGGCCUGGGGAUGUUUUCUCUGUCGUUCGACUGGCAAUACAUCACUUCUUUCCAAACCUCUCUUCCUCUAAUUUUACAAGCUCAUAUGGCAAUCGGUUUGUUCAUCUGCAUGAUGGUCAUGUUAGCGAUCUACUACACCAAUGCCUGGGAAGCUAAACCGCAGCCAUUCAUGUCCACGCAGCUCAGAUCACAGAACGGAAAGAAAUAUCCCAUCUCCAAGGUCUUCCAAGGCGGAAUCUUGAACGAAGACGCCCUACAGAAGUAUGGAAUUCCUCGUUUGACCGGGAGCUUUGCCUACGCAAUGUUCAUGGCGAACGCGGCAAUCGGUGCUCUCAUUGCUCAUACAAUUCUCUUCUGGGGCGGCGACAUCAAGCGUACAUACAAGAGUGCCAAAGCAGGAAGAUACGACGACCGUCACCACCAGCACAUGGUGAAGCACUAUAAAGAAGUACCAUGGUGGUGGUACAUGAUCGUCCUCGUCUUCAGCUUCGUUCUGGGACUUGUUGUUGUCAUCAAAGAGAACAUCACCAUGCCAGUAUGGGCUUACAUUGUUUCGUUGAUCUCUGGAAUCAUCAUCGCACCAUUCAGUGCGUUGAUCUACUCUCGAUUUGGCAAUGGCAUUGCCACCAACAACUUGUCCAAGAUGAUCGCCGGUUUAGCGCUCCCUGGCCGGCCUGUGGGUAACAUGUACUUCGCUGCCUGGUCUCAUAAUGUCAUCAGUAAUACUGUCAACCUUUGCAACGAUCUGAAGAUGGGAGAGUAUCUCAAGAUUCCUCCUCGUGUCAUGUUCAUUACGCAGAUCUACGGAACUGUUCUGGGCGGGUUCAUCAAUUAUGCCGUCAUGAUAUCCAUCGUCAGUGGUAACGCUGAGCUUCUGACUUCCGGAAACGGCGAUUCCUCGUGGAGCGGCGCUACUAUACAGUCUUAUAACACAAACGCCAGCUCCUGGGCGUUGGCAAAAUACCUCUAUAAGACCGGCACAACGUACUCGGCGGUACCGCUUGGUAUUGCUGUUGGCGCUGGUGUGGUACUGGUUCAUCGUAUCUUUGCACAGUUUGUCCCAAGGAUACGCAAAUUCUCGACUUACGACAUCAAUAUGCCCCAAUUGCUCGUCUACGCUGGGUACAUCCCAUACAAUCAGUCACAGACUUGUGUCAUUCUGAGCCAACUGAUCGCUGGCUUCUACACCCAGUUCUACUUGCGCAACUACAAACCCCGCAUCUUCAAGGAUUACUCGUACUUGGUUACUGGCGCCAUGGACGGUGCUAGCUUGUUGGCAUUGUUCAUCCUGUCCUUUGCAGUAUUCGGUGCUGCCGGCAGUCCAAAGCCUUUCCCAUCUUGGUUUGGCAAUAAUGUCAACGGAAACUAUGACCACUGCCCCGUGACAGACUAG